ACCCAGAUCACCCAUUCCGUGGGCCCCGCACCUUUCCAACCAUCCAAUUUCCGCCGGGAAAUUAAAAUCCAAUUUUUCUAAUCCUUCUCCCCUCUAUCCGGCAACAAUAGCACAUCCAAAUCCGCCGGAAAAUGAAUUCCCGUUUCACAUCCCUCGCUUUCCGAUCACUCAAAUCCCGUCACAAUCACCACCACCACUAUAUCUUACCUCAAUUCUUCUCUUCUUCCAUCGCCACACUAGCCUCCCCACCUCAAUACGCUCAAACCCUCGAGGGACUCCGCCACCGGCUAGCAGCGGAAUCACUGACGCUAUCGGACUUCAUUAGGCUCCAAUCGGAUAAAGAGUACUCGGUUGAGGUAGGCACGAAGAAGAAGCCGCUUCCAAAACCGAAAUGGAUGAAGGAAGCCAUACCUGGAGGAGAGAAAUACACGCACAUCAAGAAGAAAUUGAGGGAAUUGAAACUUCACACUGUGUGUGAAGAGGCUAAAUGCCCUAAUUUGGGAGAGUGUUGGUCCGGUGGUGAAACUGGUACUGCUACCGCUACCAUUAUGAUUCUCGGUGAUACUUGUACCCGUGGUUGCAGAUUCUGCAAUGUGAAGACAUCACGCACUCCACCUCCUCCUGACCCAAAUGAACCUGCCAAUGUGGCUGAGGCCAUUGCGUCGUGGGGUUUAGAUUACGUUGUACUUACCAGUGUUGACCGUGAUGAUUUACCUGAUCAAGGAAGCGGUCAUUUCACUGAGACAGUGCAGAAGUUGAAGGCAUUGAAGCCAAAUAUGCUCAUAGAAGCACUUACGCCAGAUUUUCUAGGAGACCCUGGGUGUGUAGAGAAAGUUGCAAAAUCUGGAUUAGAUGUUUUUGCUCACAACAUUGAAACCGUUGAAGAGCUUCAGAGUGUAGUACGAGAUCAUCGUGCUAAUUUCAAGCAGUCCAUGGACGUUCUGAAGAUGGCCAAGGACUAUGCCCCUGCCGGUACAUUGACAAAGACUUCAAUAAUGUUAGGCUGUGGGGAAACUCCUGAACAAGUUGUUAAAACAAUGGAAAAGGUACGUGCGACAGGUGUUGAUGUAAUGACAUUUGGUCAGUACAUGAGACCAUCAAAGCGUCACAUGCCUGUUUCUGAAUACAUAACUCCCGAAGCCUUUGAGAAUUAUCGAGUUCUUGGCACGCAAAUGGGAUUCCGAUAUGUGGCUUCUGGCCCCAUGGUUAGGUCCUCGUACAAGGCUGGGGAAUUCUAUAUUAAAUCCAUGAUAGAAUCUGAUCGUGCAGCGUCCUCGUCCUAGCUUCUUAUCUUCAGAUGAUAUAUGGCAUCUCUUUGCACGGACGCAAAUUUGAUGGUCACACAACAUUUUUUGAGACUGAAACGCUGAGGUAGCCAUUUGACUCUUGUUUCCUUUAGCCAUGUUUCCUCAAAGGGAGAGGAGCUAAAAAAAAGAUGUAGGUAUUCAGUCUGAUGGGCUGUAACAUUUGCCUCGUGUAAGCUGCUAUUACAUCAAAUAAUCUCAUGCAGUUGUACAUUAACCUAGUGUAUUAUUCUUUCAAUUGUAAUACCCUUGAAAUCUUCCUUGAGCCGAGCGUCUGUUGGAAACGACCUCUCUAUUCUUAA